AUGGAGUACUUCAGGCCCCAGUCUGCUUCGUCUGCCGUCAGGAUCGUUGACCCAUCCACCCAGAACGAUCGCCACUCCAAGAACGGGCCAAAAGAUUCAGUUCAGCGCCAAUGUAGGAAUGUAAUGAUAUACGGAUCUUGUAAAUUUCAGGACAAGGGUUGUACAUUCUAUCAUCCCCCGGCCCCGGAUACGUCACAAGCCGAAGAAGCCCUAUCUGCCUCAGUUAAUGUCAAUGCCCCCGUGUUUGUUCCCAAAUCUUCAGCCGACACCUCGAGCCCUACUCUCGCUAGCCUGACACCGUCGACCCCGCCACCCGACGCUGGCUACACAUACUCUGAGAACGGAACGGCGGAAGUGGCGGAUCAAAUGCAAGCCACCCAUAUCUACGAUGACAACUACGCGGCGCAAUUUGAUCAAGGAUACUAUGCUGCUCAGUCUGUAUAUACAAGGGCGCCGCUUGAUAUCUGUGUUCUCAAGUUGGAUUACCACCUGUACUCUGGCCCCCUUCCAUCUUCCUUUUCGCCAGCGUCGACUGAUAUCCAUUUUAUGCCAUCUUCGGCAUCUAUUCGAGAGACAUUACAAACCCGCUCUGAAUUAAUACGGAGCGUCAAUCCUUCAGCAACUCAACUGCCCGAAGAACUACAAGGGUAUCACUCGCUUUCCCCGCUGGAGAACGUUACUGUCACCGCCGAACGGAGAAAGUUUGGCAACUGGUAUUCUACGGUUUACAAGGCCAUCAGCUCGACAGAUGGAGGGGCCUACGCUCUGCGUCGUAUUGAAAAUUACCGAAUGACCCAACAAUCCGCGUUUGCUCCCAUCGAAGCGUGGUCUAAGAUACGGCACCCCAACAUUGUUUCUGUAUGUGAGGCGUUCACAACUCGCGCUUUCAAUGAUAACUCUCUAGUCGUUGCGUACACAUAUCAUCCCAACGCACAAACCCUUUUCGACGUCCACUUGAAGCCGAAAAAUAGUCACACUUCCCAUCACCAUCAACAUCAACACUGGUACGCUCCUGGUCGUGGCACGGGCAGAGGCCCAAGCCGGAAUGCCCAAAGCAACACCCUCCCGGAGCGCACGAUCUGGUCCUAUGUCGUGCAAAUAGCAUCCGCAAUCAGGAAAGCGCACGAAGCGGGGCAAGCCGUCCGAACGAUCGAGCCCUCGAAGAUACUCGUCACUGGCCGAAAUCGCCUCCGCAUAGGCUCCUGCGGGCUCGUCGACGUGCUAAUGCACGAAAUGAAUCAGGACAUGGCAGUAUUGCAGCAAGAGGACUUUAUCAGGUUCGGGGGGCUGAUCCUCGUCCUAUGUUGCAGCAACGUCGCAGCAUCCGCGCCAAUGAACCUUCAAAAGAGUUUUGACCUUGUGGAAAGGUCAUAUGGUGCGGACCUGAAGAACCUAGUUGUGUUUCUACUUGGCAAAGCGAGCGUCCAGAAGCUUCGACAACUUUUCGAUCUCCUCUCAAGCAGAAUCGCCACCGAGAUGGACGAUGCCCUAGAUGCUGUCGAUCGCUUGGAGGGCGAGCUCAUGAGCGAGCUGGAGAAUGCCCGGUUGGUGCGUCUCAUGGCUAAAUUUGGCUUCAUCAACGAACGUCCAGAAUUUGCUCGUGAUGCACGAUGGUCAGAAACGGGGGACCGCUACAUCAUCAAACUGUUCCGCGAUUAUGUCUUCCAUCAAGUCGACGAGUAUGGCAGCCCUGUGGUUAGCUUAUCGCACGUCUUAACGACUUUGAACAAGGCACGUCUUUUGGGGCCACUCCUCGACGCUGGUACGGACGAGAAGAUCAUGCUGGUGGCCCGUGAUGAACAGAGCUGUCUGGUUGUAUCUUAUAAAGAGAUCAAAGCUUGCAUGGAGUCUGCGUUUAGCGAGCUUGCUGGUAGCCAGCAAACCAAAGCGAAGGAACUAUACAGGGGAGGGGGAUGA